AUGGAUAGUAAUAAUAACAAUAGUACUAGUAAUAAUAGUUGUAGUAGUAGUAGUAGUAGUAUUAAAGUACAAUCUCCUUUAUUGUCUACUUCUUCCUCCUCCACCAAUGUAUCUGCUCCACAUGUGUCUAUUGCCGUAGUCGAUGAUGAUACUGUCUCUGCUGCUGUCUCUGCUGCUUCUGUGUCUCCCCCUCUUGCUUGUACAAGUACUACUAUCUCUAGUCCACUCAUGUCUUUAGAUAUGUGUCCUUGCCCUCCUCCUCCUCCUCCUCCUCCCCUUGCCGAUGCCGAUUCUGAUGCCGAUGCUGAUGCUAAAGUCUGUGUAGCCACUGCUAUGGUGUUAGAUCCUUCCCCUUGUCUCCCUUCUUGUCCGUUGGCUAAAGAUGCUCCAUCUUGUGUCGUUGGGCGUUACCUCGGCUCCGUCAAGCGGGCCACUCGUACAGUUGAAGCAAGUCCAUUUGCGUCCGCCCCAUACGCCGACAACCGUACAUCGCAGUCUAUUACAACACUCCAUCUUCGCGGUAGUGUCCCAGGAGCCACCCGAUCCAUUUCACAGCUUUUCCAAGCCAACUCGAUUCCUCGAUCGGUCACGCACCUCAAGAUCAAGCUCGACGUCCCCUCGCCAUCACUUCGUUUCUCGUUUCGCCUGACCGAGAUCUUUGCUCGAUCCAAUAUCACCCGUAUCUCUGUCGAGUUGGUAUCCGAUGCCAAAAUAAAGGAUGGCAAGGUGUCCACCUACCAUAUCCGUCGCGACCCCAACACCAGCUCCAAGCAUGUGUUCGUGGUCGAACAAAACAGUCUCUAUGGUGGAUUCAUCGACAUCACCAAUCCUGCCAUCACCCACUACUUGAAUGUUAAAAAGUCUGGUCCUUUCAUCUCUACCAAUUCAAUUUGUACAACUUCAUCCUCUUCAUCAUCAAGAUCAACAAAAAGAAAAUAA